CAUUGGUCAGUUUCACAUGUCUGCUGAUGUACCGGGCUGCUGCAGGGCUGCUGUCUCUUUCGUAACUCAACAGUGUUCAUAGCAGUCGAGAGCUGUUUAUGUCACCUCGUAUUGUCGGGGUCAUCUGAGCUGGUUGAAACCGCCGCCGCUAGUUUUAGUCAAACUCGGUGAAAACUGAGAAGUCGUUAACGUUUCAGCCAUCCGCAACUGGCUAACUUUAGCUAUCAGUAGCUAGCUGCUCGGUCGACAGGCUGUUCGCGUUGACGUGAGAAUGGGCGAGGAAAUCAACGACAACCUCAUUAAUACAGGCAACGGGUCCGCCGAUAGAACCACCGUGGAGGACAACGGCGAGCCGGCGGCAAGCGAUGUUAAAUAUUACACGUUAGAAGAAAUAAGGGAGCACAAUCUGAGCAACGACACAUGGCUCAUCAUCAAGGAAAAGGUGUACGACGUCACGGGCUUUCUCGAAGAGCAUCCGGGCGGUGAGGAGGUUUUGCUGGAGCAGGCAGGUGGAGACGCCACAGAAAGCUUUGAGGACGUGGGUCAUUCCAUAGAUGCGAGGGAGAUGCUCGAGCAGUUCUACGUUGGGGAGCUCCAUAUGGAUGACAGGAAAAAGGAAACUCCAAAGGUGGUACCUGUCUCAAAUUCAGAGGAGUCCAGCUCCUGGACCACAUGUUUGAUACUUGCUGUUGCUGCAGUUGUUGUUGGUGUCAUGUAUCGCUUCUACAUGUUUGAACAAAAGUCCUCCUGAGUGCUGACGUCCUGUUCCCAUUUGAUUUUCAUCUGGAGGCCUUGAAAUGUUUGACCAAAACCUCCUCACGCCGAACACACAAUUAGGGGAGAGUCUGCAUCCUCUGCAACAAGAAAAGGAGGCGGACAGUUUGAUAAAGUACUUUUGUCAGUGUCCGUCUACAUGGAGCGCACCAAAUAGACAGCUGGGCAGAGACUUUAUUCAAUUCUCUGCCUUCAUUCUCUUUUAAUUUCAUCGUCACUGCCUGCUGUGAUUAAUGUUGUCUUUGACUUAAACUUUAAUAUGCAUUUGACUCCUUUUGGCUGCUGUUUGGUCAUUAUGCUUUUGAUCACUCAGAGAACAGCCUGGUUUUCAUGAUCCAUCAUUAUACAGUGAGACAAAAUGGAAAUGUUAAUAAUGCAAAAUGUUGUUGGAAUCAGGAUAAUAGUUCAGUGACCAUUCUACUUAUAUUUUACACUGAAUUAUUGCUUCCCAUGCAUUUUCUUAGUUUUAAUAAAGUGAUAACUGCUUUAUGUAGUAUAUAAUAAUAAUAAUAAUAAUAAUAACAAUGAUAUUUUGAUCAUACAGAUAUAGCUGGAUAGAAUAGCUGGCAGUGAAUAGUGACGGAAGAGAAUUAUUUGUCAUUUGAUUAUUCUUUUUUUUAAAUGUAUUGUCUCUCACUAUGCCGUUUGUUAUUUAACUGAUGCAAAAGCAUGUUUCAUUUUCAUGCAUCUUGAUCGACUGUUUUGGGUGAAUGGUGUUGACAUCUGUCACUGGAGGGUUUGAAUUAUAUUGAAUGAUGUCCCUGUUGUUACAUUGGGGACUAGCCAGUUGUCAUUAAAGCCAUACACAAGUG